UAACGCCAUCUUUAAACCCCAGAAACAGCCACCGUUUAGCGCCGGGAACAGCGAUUCACUCCGCCCGCGUAAGGUUUAUUUUCUGCGGGCGUUUCUCCGCUUGUGAACUAGUAAAGGAAAUAAGCAUCCCGCUAUAAUAUUUUAAACUACAGUAAACCAUAUCGAGUGGUGAUAGGAAAAACAUCAGUUAACAGCAACAACAACAAAAGGCGGAAAAAACAACGAGCGAGCAAACAAGGCGUUGUUAUUUAGCUAGUUAGCUAGCCUAGCAAAUUAGCUAGCUACCGUAUUGAGGUUUAGCAAACGGUUUAAAAAGGCGCAUUCCCCCCUCUUUGUUGUUGCUAACUGCGCUUCGGUCCGGAGGCGACUGCGUGGCCGCAGCGUAGGUCCCGACUUUCUCCCCCUCCCCCCGCGGCCCGGCCGGAGAUGAGCGGAAGAUGUCGGUUUCGGGGCUGAAGGCCGAGCUGAAGUUUCUGGAGUCCAUCUUCGACCCAAACCACGAACGCUUCCGAAUUAUCGACUGGAAACCCGACGAGCUCAGCUGCCAGUUCAACGUGACCGGAGAAAAGCUCCUGAUCAUCCACUGCAAUAUCACGGAGUCCUACCCCUCCACUCCCCCGAUAUGGUUUGUGGACUCCGAUGACCCCAGCCUGACACAAGUGCUGGAGCGCCUGGAGGAUGUGCGGAAGGGUAGCACGCUGCUCCUGCAGCAGCUGAAGCGGCUGAUCUGUGACCUGUGCCGGCUCUACAACCUGCCCCAGCACCCCGACGUGGAGAUGCUGGACCAGCCCCUCCCCGCUGGGCCGGUAAGCCAAGAACGAAAGCACGGAACGACAGACGAGGUGACGUCGGAAGAGGAGGAAGAGGAGGAGAUGGGAGAGCAGGACAUCGAAGACCUGGACCACUACGACAUGAAAGAGGAGGAGCCGGUGGACGGGAAGAAGUCCGAGGACGAUGGGAUCGAGAAGGAGAACCUGGCCAUCCUGGAGAAGAUCCGCAAGAACCAGAGGCAGGACCACUUAAACGGUGCCGUGUCCGGUUCGGUGCAGGCCUCAGACCGUCUCAUGAAGGAGCUCAGGGAGAUCUACAGGUCACAGAGUUACAAGACAGGGAUCUAUUCAGUGGAGCUGGUGAACGACAGCCUUUAUGAGUGGCACGUGAAGCUGAGAACGGUAGACCCAGACAGCCCAUUACACAGUGACUUGCAAGUUUUAAAGGAAAAGGAGGGCGUGGACUACAUUCUGCUCAAUUUCUCAUAUAAAGAUAACUUUCCAUUCGAUCCACCUUUCGUACGGGUAGUUUCGCCUGUGCUGUCUGGAGGUUACGUGCUUGGAGGCGGUGCCCUGUGCAUGGAACUUCUAACAAAGCAGGGAUGGAGCAGUGCCUAUUCCAUAGAGUCUGUCAUCAUGCAGAUCAAUGCCACUUUAGUCAAAGGAAAAGCCAGAGUGCAGUUUGGAGCCAAUAAGAACCAGUACAAUCUUGCCAGAGCACAGCAGUCAUACAAAUCCUUGGUGCAGAUUCAUGAAAAGAAUGGCUGGUACACGCCCCCUAAAGAGGAUGGGUAAGACUUCUUCACGAGCACUGGGACCACAUGUCUUAGGGUCAACACCUUUUUCUUUCGAUUUUUGUAUAUUGUUUUUUUUUUUUCUGACUCUGAAGUUCUCUUUAUUGGGAGUGUGACCCAAACCGGGCUUGACCCAUUCGUUAACCAUGACAACCAAUGGAGGAAAUCUCCUCACCGACGUCUCCAUCCUUGGCUCUGCGGGCAAACAUCUCUGUUUUUGUCCUGCUUCAAGUCCUGAGGCCCUGUCCCCGUCCCUGUCCCCCAUUACCUGCCUUCCCUCCUUCCCUCCUCCUCCUCCUCAAGCCUUCGGGACGACCUUUGAGCAGAUCCAAUUGGGUGGGGUGGAACAUCCCUUUCUUCUUGCGUAACCUGCUCUUGCCCCCUCCCACCAUCCUUCCUGGGUUUAGUGUCUCAGUGAACCACUGUGUCAAGGGCCGCACCACCCGCGCUUCUGGCCACCCCCCCGAAAUGCUUGCCGAUGGGGCUUUUGGUUUUCCAAUGGCUAGGUUGAAGGCAAACCCCUUUCUAUCUUAAGACAGAAGACAUUCUCAGGAGGUGAGCUCGCCGUGCCGUCUGUGGCUCCACAAGGCAGCAGGGAGAAAUGCAGAAAGAGCUGGGUCUUAAAAUCUUCAACAACCAAACACUUGAAACAAAGGCUUGUCUCUGCAGAGGCAGAGUGGGCUUGAUUUCCUGUCAGCUCUCAGUCAAGGUGAAAGCUUGGCCUUGGUUGUGAGAGAAGCAGCCAGCCGGGCUCUGGGUCCUGUUUUUUUCUUUUUAAGGCAAGAUGAAGCCCACUGUAGCCACGGCUUGGAGUUUUAACAAAACCUCCUAGUAGUGGAUUAGAAGCUAGAAUGGGCAACCUUAAUGGUGUGAUGUGCUACUGCCUCAUUCAUAUGGACAGUUUUCCUUUUGCUUGUGUCAUUUUGUGUAAAAUCUACAUAACCCCAAGAUUCUGAAAGGACUAACAUGCUCGUGCUCAUGUAGAAACCCAGUGUCAACAUGAGCCAGAAAAAAAAUGGAGACAGUACAGGGGAAAGGGAGGGGAGGGGGAGCAUGUGAAUGAAGUCUCUUGCCGAAAUUACGGAGGAUGAGAUGACCACACUGUUUCCUUAUACUUCGUAGCAUUUGGCUAAUCUGGCAGCGAGCCCAAAUGCAUCCAAGAUGAGCUUAGACCAAGCAAGUUGAAUUGAAUCAUUGUGAUGUAGUUGAAUUUAACUCCAUGUGGAUGUGUAAAGAUGUAUCUCUGAGAAUGGAUUUACAUGUUUUCAUGCAGCUUUGGUGUGGGGGGGAUGGGGGGUCUGGGGCAUAAACCGUAUCAUUGCACCCCUGACUGUAGCGGGGACAUGCUGACUUAUGAAGAUACGUAUUUCACAAAUAAAGAAGGCUGAUAUCUCCAAGCCUAAAUGGAAGUUUUUAAAAAAAAAAAAUCCUGAAACCAUGUUUUAUGUCAUCAGUGUGACUACUCCUACUCCUAGCCCUGUAAAAAUGCAAAAUGCGAUCGUCUGGGUACCAUCUCUUCAAUAGAGCGGCUGCAUGCCUGUCAGUCUAAAUACUGGCAGUGGUGCCCUGCUUAUAUGAGCUGCAUUAAUCCGGUGCUGUUGCAGUCUUAAGAAAUGUCUUCACAGCGGGGGGGAUUUUUUUUUCUUGGCAACUUGCAGAACUACUUACAUCCAGCACCGCUAUGCAGAGAGAGGUCAGCUCUGCACAGCCAGUAAGAAGCUUACGUCUGUGCAAAGUGACUAACAAAAAAAAAAAAAAAAAAACCCACGCUUGCAAUAUAGGGACACUUGCUUUAAUUUUAACUGUGGAGCAGCACCCCGCCUCGAUCCUGGCUCACCUGCGUUCCCGGAGCACUGACCACCAGCACGUGUUCUCCAGUGCUGGCUCCUGUCGCUUUGCCCCGUGGACUGUGAGGAUGGCUGCAGCGGACUCUUCUUUACCGGAGAGGCUCGAGAGACUUGUACAUAGCGACGUUCAAAGACUGCAAGGUAUCUGCAAAUGCCUUAAAAAGGACAGACCCCGUGUCUCAUCCAGUCUCUCCCCUCUCCAAAGCGUCAGCCAUUUUCUCGCCCCCUCUCCUUGAGUUUGGUACCUUUCCACACUCCAGAUACCCUUGCAGGUCUUGCUUUUGUGUUGAGUCAGGAAGCAGAUUUUUUUCUUCUCAUUUAACACUGAAAUACUGGGGUUUACUGAAUACACUGAGAAGCAGUGCAAAUGUUAUGCAGAAUACUGUCUAAUGCAUUAUAUUGCCCCAUGUGAUUUAAUAAAGUUUAAAUGUA